AUGUUGCUGAGGGGAAACGUGAGGAGCGGAGCGGUGCUUUGCCUCCUGCUGCUGACGCUCGCACACGAGGCCACGAGCCAGAGACACAAGUCAGGACGCAGGAGCGACUACAAGCUGCACAACGACGAGGGAGGACAUGGUCCCUGCUCCCUGGAGGUGGUCUUCAUCGUGGACAGUUCUGAGAGUGCAAAGACCAUCUUGUUCCAGAAGCAGAAGAACUUCGUCCUGAGCUUCAGCACCAAGCUCUCCACGCUGCAGGCGCCCGGCUGGACGCUGCUGGUGCGACUGGCCGCGCUCCAGUACAGCAGCUCCGUGUCCGUGGAACAGCGCUUCUCCACCUGGAAGGACCUGGACUCCUUCCAGGGCCGGGUCGGCGCCAUGAGCUACAUCGGCCACGGCACCUACACCACCUACGCCGUCACCAACGCCUCGCAGCUGCUGGUGCAGGAGACGCCGGCGGACAGCGUGCGGGUGGCCGUGCUGAUGACGGACGGGGUCGACCAUCCCCGCAGCCCCGACGUGAUCGCAGCUGCGGCCGAGGUCAAAGGUCACGGCAUCAGGCUCUUCGCGGUGGGCUUGUCGGACAUCGCCCAGCAGGGUCCGAGCGGCGCCAAGCUCCGGGCCGUGGCCAGCGCCCCGGCCCAGAGGUUCGUCCAGAGCCUCCUGGACCCUCAGCUGGAGGAGAAGCUGCUCAGGGAGAUGGCUACAGUCGCAUCAGAAGGAUGUCCACAAACCCCGGUGUGUUUGUGUGAGAGAGGAGAGAGGGGCCCUGCUGGAAGUCCGGGCAGGAAAGGAGACCCCGGCCUCAAGGGCCCGUCCGGGGUCAAAGGAGCGAAGGGGGAAUCCGGACUGAGCGGUCGACCAGGAAGUGAUGGCCCAGAGGGUCGAUCAGGGUACAAGGGCAAUAAGGGCGAGAGAGGAGACUGUGGCACUCCAGGGACAAAGGGUGACGCUGGACCCGAGGGAGUUCCAGGCCCACGAGGCUCACAUGGAGAACAGGGUUCACUGGGACCAGCAGGAGACUCAGGUCCUGAGGGACCAGCGGGACCUAAAGGCGACAGAGGAUUCAUGGGAGCUGCUGGAGCACCGGGCGAGAGAGGGAUCGGAUUCCCAGGAGCCAAGGGUGAAAAAGGAAUCGAUGGAAGACCAGGUCCUACAGGUCGUGUCGGGAUCGGAGAACCAGGACUACCAGGUCCUCAAGGACCAUCUGCAGCACAAGGAAACCCUGGACCACCUGGAGAGGGGUUCACGGGACCAAAGGGGGAUCGAGGACAUCAGGGUCCCAGAGGCAUCCGUGGGCUUCCGGGAGUUGGGGUCAAAGGUGACAUGGGCGGCCGCGGACCUCCUGGGAUUCAGGGUCCAGUCGGGGCUUCUGGUUCAGGACCUCAAGGAGAAAAGGGGGGUCAAGGCCCAGCUGGACCCACAGGACCCAGAGGAGCUCCAGGUAUCGGAAUAACAGGACCUAAGGGGAUUCAGGGAGUGACGGGUGAACCUGGUCUGCCGGGCGAGAGAGGAGUGGGACAACCAGGACCGAAGGGCGACCCGGGGGCCGAGGGGCGGGCAGGUAUACCAGGUCAACUAGGAGAGGAUGGAACCCCGGGACAAAAGGGUGACCUCGGGUUUCCGGGCCUCAGAGGACCUGACGGGGCUCCGGGUAAAGGAGCUCCUGGAAACAAGGGAGACCGAGGGGACCGGGGGGGCAGAGGUCUGUCAGGUGCAGUCGGUCCCGUGGGGCCGAUGGGGUCAAAGGGGGAACCAGGAAUAAUUGGGAGAACAGGUUCGACUGGAGCUCCAGGACGAGGGUUACUUGGAGCCAAGGGAGAACCAGGUCCACAGGGUCCAGCCGGAGCUUUGGGAGGACCAGGGAUCGGUUUGACUGGACCUAAGGGCGACAGAGGAACACCAGGACCUGCUGGUUCCCCUGGACUCAACAGUGAUGGUUUCCCUGGUUCUCCAGGACUUCCGGGGCCUCCUGGGUUGAUGGGAGAGGCCGGACCAGAGGGAGUUGGUUUACCAGGACCAAAGGGGGACAGAGGACUGCCGGGACCCUCUGGACCUUCAGGGCUUCCAGGAAUCGGUCUGAUUGGUCCGAAGGGUUCAGUCGGUCAAAUGGGACAAACAGGUCCACAGGGGUUAACUGGAGAGGGCGUUCAAGGACACAAGGGGGAGCCUGGAUUUCAGGGCCUCCCGGGCCCCAGAGGUCCUACUGGAUUGGGUGUGCAGGGGAGCAAGGGCGACCGAGGCCUCCGAGGUGAGAAGGGCAGAGGGGGGGACAGAGGAACCGCCGGAGAACCAGGAACCAUCGGAUCUUCGGGCCGAACGGGACAGAAGGGAGAAGCUGGACUCACAAGGGAAGAAGUCGUCAGAAUAGUGAGAUCCAUCUGCAGUUGUGGAGUGACCUGCCGUCAAACCCCCCUGGAGCUGGUGUUUGUGAUCGACAGCUCAGAGAGCGUCGGCCCCGACAACUUCAACGUGAUCAAAGACUUCGUGAACGCUCUGAUCGACCGGGCCUCGGUGGGCCGGGACACCACCCGGGUCGGCGUGGUGCUCUACAGCCACAUCACCACGGUGGUGGUCGGCCUGGAGCAGGUGGCCACCCCCGACCAGGUCAAGUCGGCCGUGCGCUCGAUGACCUACAUGGGCGAGGGCACCUUCACCGGCAGCGCCCUCCAGCAGGCCAACCAGGUGUUCAGGGGGGCGCGGCCAGGCGUGAGGAAGGUGGCCAUCGUCAUCACGGACGGUCAGGCCGAUCAGAGGGACUCGGUCCAGCUGGAGACGGCCGUGGCCGAAGCUCGGGGGAGCAGCAUCGAGACGUUUGUGGUCGGGGUGGUGAACCAGAGCGACCCUCUGUACGAGGAGUUCAGGACGGAGCUGAACCUCAUGGCCUCCGACCCCGACAGCGAGCACGUGUACCUGAUCGAGGAAUUCAAAACUCUGCCAGCUCUCGAGAAGAAACUGCUGAGUCGUAUCUGUGAAGACGGAGAGAGACAUUUGUUCAGCUCCAUCCCGAGCUCCGGAAAUCCUCCGGGAGUCCCUGAGACGUCCGGUAACGUCCGGGAGCCGCCGCACAGGACGGACACGGACACGCCCACCUUCACAGGAGACUCCAGGAGGGUGCAGAUGGUGCCCGGCGCUCCAGGCACUCAGCUCGACAGAGAAGCCGUCUCUCCUCAGAGACCGAAGCCGGACGCCAGAACCCCCACAGACACCCAGAGGGUUCCCUUCUUCGACUGGGAGCCUUUCAGACCAGUGACAGACCUCAAACCCUCAACCCACGUGGAGACCAACGGAGCCGCCGGGCCAGCCGGUCCCACUGUGAAGGCCCCCCCCGAGGGGCAGACUCCACCGCCGUCACCACAGCCCCCCCCUCUGGUGACCUCCGACACAGGUGUAUCUGCGGAGCGGUGCCUCCAGGUCCUGGACCCGGGCCCGUGUCGGGACUACGUGGUCAGGUGGUACUACGACGUCAACGGCAAUUCCUGCGCCCAGUUCUGGUUCGGAGGUUGUCAGGGAAACAGGAACCAGUUUGAGAGCGAGAGGAGCUGCAAAGAAACCUGCGUGAAGGUCUGA